AAGGACGCGGAAAUACGUAAUCAAGCAGGAAGUGAGUGUCAGAGGAAAGUAUGGCGGCGCGCUGUUUUCUGAGGUCCGUUCAGAGCGAUCUCAGCAGCAAGGGUUUGCUUCAGAGGACACUAGGUUUGUCACAGCUCACGUUUCUGGGAAGUGCGCCGUGUCGCGGACUUAGACAGGUGGUGGAGAAGAAAGAUGGCAAAACGACAGUUAUAGAGGGUGUUAUAGAGCCUACAUCUGAGCGACCACAGCCUCCCAACCCCACAGCUUCCUGUCCCAUCUACAGAUGGAACCUACAAAACAAGUACAACUACACCGACGUGCUGUUACUCAGUCAGUUCAUUCGUUCAGAUGGCGGGAUGCUCCCCCAGCGCAUUACAGGCCUCUGUGCUCAGGAACAUACCAAGAUAGCAAUUUGUGUACAGAUGGCCCAUCGUGCUGGUCUCCUACCAGAUCAUAAACCCCCCUUACCUGUAGGCCAUGUACCAAAACCUAAAUCCAACCCACCUCUCAACCGGUAUCUGACACGUUACUCUGUGAAUUCUGUGAAGCCCAUCUACAAGACAGGGCUGAAGUGGUGUAAGAAGAGAAUGAGUGUAGGACAUUCUGCCCUGAAAAACAACGUCAGAUACAGCCCCAAACCACUGUACAUAAAGCACUGAUGGACACAGCUGUUUACCCAAUCUAAAGAGAGACUUUCAUGGGACAGAGAGGAUCUAUGACAAAGAAUUUGCACCUUUGCGUGGUGCCUCUGGCACAAAGAGACUGUGAGAGAACCGGUGUGCACUGAAACAUCAAGAUGCAAAUUCAGAGAUCGCUGUAAUGUAUCACUAGAGCUGUAUGUACAGCCCUCUGAUUUGGCUUUCCACCAUGUGAUUUGAAGAAAUGUUAAAUUAUAUUAUUGCAAAGGGAGAUUUUCAAAUAAAAUGUUUACCUCACUUGCAGAGGUUUCUAA